CCUCUCCAUUGGCUGGCCCCGUGGAGAGAACUAGCUGUGGGAAUCUGGAGAGCAAGGCACAGGAUACAUGGGCGGGAACGUUGCCUUGUUUCCGUGUGUCUGAGCCCUGCAAGGAAUGCUAUUUCUGACAUACUCCUGUUUAAAUUGUCCAGAGCUGCUUCAGGUUCGUCUGGCUAACUCUACAGUUUUCCCAAAUAGCCCCCUGACAAUGUCAGGUCUGGCUGAGCGGCAGAAAGGGAGUUUUUUUAAGCUGAUUGACACGCUUGUCUUCGAAAUUGGAGAGCUGAAAAUGGUUCACUCUGUUCCCGAUGCAAAGGAAGAUGCUCACUCUGCUAGGUGGCUAGGUUUGCAGAGGGAUAUGGAGUAUAACUCUGAGAAAGAACAAGCUGCCAAAUACUGGCUGAGGGAUUCUGGCUACGAAAGCUUCAUCUGCAACCUCAGCAUAUUUGAUCGCCUUCUGCACACCUAUCCAGUCUGGCUACAACUCGGCUUGAGUGAUGAAAUCGCCCUUCGUAUUCUGCAGCCAGAAGACCCUGGGAUCUUUCUGGUCCGAAAAUCAUGCAGGACUCAGAAGAAAAUCAUAUCCAUGCGAUUACCCGAGUCAGGACCACGCUUUAUCCAGGACUUUCCAAUCAAGGAAAGCCAGUAUACCUUCUCCCUGGAAGGAUCCUGCCUGAGUUUUGCAGACUUGUUUCGGCUCAUUGCUUUCUACUGUAUUAGCAGUUUGCAGAGGGAUAUGGAGUAUAACUCUGAGAAAGAACAAGCUGCCAAAUACUGGCUGAGGGAUUCUGGCUACGAAAGCUUCAUCUGCAACCUCAGCAUAUUUGAUCGCCUUCUGCACACCUAUCCAGUCUGGCUACAACUCGGCUUGAGUGAUGAAAUCGCCCUUCGUAUUCUGCAGCCAGAAGACCCUGGGAUCUUUCUGGUCCGAAAAUCAUGCAGGACUCAGAAGAAAAUCAUAUCCAUGCGAUUACCCGAGUCAGGACCACGCUUUAUCCAGGACUUUCCAAUCAAGGAAAGCCAGUAUACCUUCUCCCUGGAAGGAUCCUGCCUGAGUUUUGCAGACUUGUUUCGGCUCAUUGCUUUCUACUGUAUUAGCAGGGACGUGUUGCCUUUCCCUUUAAAACUGCCUUGUGGUAUCACAACUGCCAAGACGGAGACAGAACUGGAAGCAAUUGCAUUCUUGGGUCUCGAGUUCUGGAGUUCUUCUGUGUACAAGAGAGCAGCCAAGAGUCCCCCUGCACCUUCCACCAGUCCACUCAGCACUUGCACAGAGGCGAAGCAACAGCCUCUCUCAAACAAAGUACAUUCCAUACGGACUCGAACGCCUUCAGAGCUGGAAUGCUGCCAGACCAAUGGUGCUCUGUGCUUUAUUAAUCCCCUCUUUCUCGAGGUCCACAGCAAAGACAUUCGCAACAGCCUGAAAAGGCAGUGUCCACGAACCGGGGAGACGGGCAGGCCCUGCUCCCUACCUCCUCGCCCACCGCCACUGCGGGCGGGCACAAACAUGAACCAGACGGUCAGACACCCGGAGGCUAAAGCUGCUCCGAUUCCACCGCCUCGCAGCAAGAAGCUGGCAAACAGCUCGGAGAUGGAGAGAAACCUGACACCCCUGCAUGAUGAUGAUGGGACUGCAGUGAAAUCGCUUGUGGCGGAGGAGGCAGUGACUGCUGCAGGCAAGGGCGAGGCACAAGCAUUACACAACGUGGCUCGCUGCUACAGUAGUGAAGGAUCAGCUGCGAGUCUCAGCGCUCACAUGCAGGAGAUCAAAGAGAGUCAGAGGCUGAGCGACAUGAGCAUGUCCACCACGUCCACGGAAUCAGACUCGAGCACCAUGGACGUGGACCGCGGCUGCCCCUACCACCGAGACACCAACAGCAGCCUGGAGUAUUCCGACGGGGAGAGCGACCAAGAGGUGCCCCCUCCGCCCUGCAACCCCAAGAAGAAACGGCACAGCUCCUUCGUCUUCCCCAAAAUCGUCAAGAACCACAUUCAGAAAGUGAGCGGGGUGUUCAACUCCUUCAUGACGCCAGAGAAACGGAUGGUGAAGAAGAUAGCAGAGAUGGCCCGGGACAAGCAGACCUACUUUGGGUGCCUGAUCCAGGACUACAUCAGCUUCUUCAAGGAAAACAAGGACUGCCACGUCUCCAGCACGGACAUGCUGCUCACUAUCCGCCAGUUCAUGACCCAGGUCAAAAUCUACUUGACCCAGAGCUCGGAAUUGAACCCGCCAAUUGAGUCCCUCAUUCCCGAGGAUGAAAUAGAUAUUGUUUUGGAGAAAGCAAUGCACAAAUGCAUUUUGAAGCCCCUGAAAUCUUACAUUUAUACAACUUUGAUACAAUUCCAUGCGGCUGAUGGCUCCUGGAAGGAGUUGAAGGAAAAUCUGAUCUCAGUUAAACAGAAGGUACCUCAGGAGCUGGGAGUUAAUGCUGCCAUCCCUGACACUGUUACCCUGGAGAAAAUAAAACAUAAAUUUUCAAACAUGCGCAAGACGUACUCUCCAGAGAAGAAGGUAUUCCUACUGCUGAGGGUCUGCAAAGUUAUCUACACUGCUAUGGAGAACAACUCAGGGAGAUUAUAUGGGGCUGAUGACUUCCUGCCUAUGUUGACCUACAUAAUAGCCCAGUGUGAUAUGCCUGAGUUGGAUAUUGAAAUUGAAUACAUGAUGGAGCUCUUGGACCCAUCUCUGCUGCACGGAGAAGGUGGCUAUUACCUGACUAGUGCAUAUGGAGCCCUGUCGCUAAUAAAGAAUUUCCAAGAAGAACAGGCAGCCAGGUUACUGAGCUCACAGACCAGGAACACUCUGAACCAAUGGCACAAAAGGAGGACUACGCAUAUUAGAAGCAUUCCCACCGUGGAAGACUUUCAGAACUACAUGCGUGUGGCCUUCAACAACAUGUCAAGUGGCUGCACAGCCAAGACGUUACAGGUACAACCCUUUACCACGACAGAGGAGCUGUGUGCCCUUUGUGCCGCCAAGUUCCACGUGGAGGACACUGAGAACUACGGGCUCUUCCUCCUCAUAAAUGACACUUGGCAGCAGUUGGCUGCCGACACCUUCCCCCAGAAGAUCAAGGCCGAGCUGCACAGCAGGGCCCCGCCUCAGCUCUUCCACUUUGUCUACAAGCACCUUCACAGUGACCUCCCCAUCAACGCCAACAUCGCCUCCGAGGAAUACGAUCGAACUCCGUGAGCAAGGACUUGCGCGGUCUUCGAGCACCUUGAAGGCUGUUUGGUCGUGCUUGAUAUGACUUUUGUGGCACGCCAGAGGGCGCUUGCACUUGUAACCCUGUAGACCUUAACAUGUGAAGCCUUGCCAAUGUUCGUGGAACUGUGUGCAAUGCUCUGCAAGUGAUGCAGCUGGUUAUUGGGUCAUUGCAUCGUCUUGAAACAGGUAUUCACUCUGUGUGUGGCAAAGAGCAGUCAGAUGCAAUGCAUCAGUAAAACUCACUCUAGUUGGAUGCUUUGCAUCCUUCUCUUAACCUUAAAAAGUGGGGAUAAAAUCAGUUUGGGCGCAGGCUGCAUGAAUGGUUUUAUGCUUAUAGGAAAACUCUGUGUUUCUGUGGAUCCCAGAGACAUUAAUUUGAUAGCAGUUGCUGGUUAACUGAGAGGCCUUUUUUUAUUAUUAUAUUUUUAAGCCAGAAUUUAUUAUUAUUAUAAACAUCUGGGCAUAUAAUGGUAACAAUUAAUUUGGGGAUUUCUUUUUUAUUAUUCAUGAUGUAUAUUGAUUUUUUUUAAAUCUCUUGACCAUAAUGGUGGCGCUGACGAAUUAAAUUGUUCUUUAGAUCAUUCACCUUACAGCUGUUGUACUAUAAGAUAAUAGCGCGGAGGUGCUUUCUGCCCCAUGACACCAUCUGGGUUUCAGUUCAGCUCCAGCAUCAAAAUGGAUGACAGCGUGGUGCUGUACACGAACUAGGUGGCCUUUGUCCAGGGAAAGGAUUGCUGAUCCAGGCUUCGUAAUUGGUGUCCAGUUCCACAUUGGUUUAGUUUGGCAACAGGCCCCUCAGCCCACCGAGUCCACGACGACCAUCGAUCACCCACUUGACUGUUGCAGAAUUAAUUUACUGGAAUGGUAUCUGGGAUGUUCGAUUUCAGCUAUACGGAGGGAUCAGAGGUGCAAGUUAUUUCAGAGUAGAAAUGUUCAAGGGGAGAGGUGAGGGAAGCCUUCAAAAUCAAGGAGGAUUUAAGUAGAGUGACUAAGGUGAAUAUUCUCUGGUAGAUAGUCAGAAAUCAGAAAUAAUUGAUUUAACACAAUUGGCAAAAGAAUUAGAGGUGACAUGAUUUGCUGUAUGUUGCUGUGAAUGGCAGUAAUUACAGCAAGAUUUAAAUAGAUUCUAAUAUCUUUCAAAGGGAUUUGGAUGUGUGAUUGAAAGAGGUGAAAUGUACAGGGGUGUGGAAUGGGAAUAGUACUGAUUGACUAGAUUACUCAAAGAGCUGGCUGACAAUUCAAGGGCCAGAUAUUUCCUUCCUGUGCAAUAUUGUUCUAUGGAUCCGUGGAGGCAACGUAAGGUGACAGAAAUAGCAAGAGGCCAGGCCCUGGAGCACAGUGAUAAGCCCGAACUGAAGUCUGUAUAAAACCUGUACUUUAUGUAAGCCAAGAGUGCUUGGUUAUGAUAUUGUGCCAAGAUACAGUGGAAAACAUUUAUUUGCUUGCUAUCCCGGAAGAUCAUAGUAUAAUGGAAACGCACAAGAGGUAGUGCAAAAACAGAAAGAAAACUGUGAAAGAAAAGGAGUGCCAGAUAUAGUAUUACAGCUACAGAGAAAGGGCUGUUAAAAAAAAAAGUGCAAAGGCUACAACAAGGUAGAUUGGAAGGUGGAGAAUGCUUGUGAGAGUUCUGUUCAAGAGUUUUUUGAAUAGGGUAGUAUCUGUCUUUACGGGAAAGGGAAGGAGAGGGAAUGAGCUGAAUGCGAAUGGUCCUUGAUUGUGUUGGCUGCUUUCCCAAGGCAGUGAGAGAUGUAGAUGGAGUCGAUGGGGAUGGAGUCUGGUUUGCGUAAAUAUCUGGGCUGCAUUCACACCAUUCUGCUAUUGGGCAGAGCAAUUGCCAAACCAGAGAGUAUACUUCCUAGAAGUAUCUGUAGAUAUCAUUAGGAUUCGUUGAAAAGAGUAAGGUGUGUUGCUUUUCCUAAUAUUAUUUAUCAUGGGGCACAUCUCACAUUAUUGGUACAGCCCCUUGUACCAAAAGGAGCUUUUAAUAUUAUAGAGGUGGGCAUUGGAAAGUGAGGAUGGGAGGGAGGAGAAAACAAUCCGCAUAAGAAGCAAAAAAACAAAAUGGUUUUUCAAAGGGUGUGGAUGGGCCUGGCAGUGAAGGAGUUAAAUAUGGUCAAGUAUUAUAGGUUUAGCUUCCAGCUUCACAUAUCACUUGAAUCCACCUUCUCUGCUGAGCUGCCAGAUGAUAUCAUGGGUAGAAAGCAAAACCUGAUACUGUAUCUAAAGUCAGUUGUUUACAUCUCUGUAUCUUUCCCGCAAAAUAAUGACCACGUCAACAUUCCACGCUAGCAUUUUAGUGCUAUACUAAAUAAUAAAAUGUCAAUAUCCACUAUAUAUUUUUACAAUGGACAUAGAGGGUCCCACCUCUGAUGACUUGACUGUGCCUGCAUUAACAUUCUUCUAUCUACGCUCUGCCCGGAAAUUAGAUGAACUUUAAUGUGCUCCUACCUGGAGCAGUGCUCUUUCCUGUCAGUAACUUGAGUUAGAAUCUAGCCCAGAGCACCAGGAUCAAACACUCCUUUGUGCUACGAGUCUGGCUUAAAACAGGCACACGCGCACACACUUUGGCACUAAAUGAGACGGUCUGAAUUUGAGGAGCGCAAGGACGGCGCUGGGAAAGGGAAAGUUUCUGGUUGAUCCAACAAGGAGACUUGGGGGCUUGCUCGGGACAUCGGAUCCCUCGUCAGUACCCAGAGUACACUGAACCCUGGCAGCAUUACAUUACACCUGUUGUGUCCCGGCUUACGGAGAACCCCAUGUGAGUGAUGGGGACAGGAAAAUUAGGAGAAAAUCCUGCACUCUUAAACCUCUCAGUUGAGGAUAUUCAGGCUGCCAGUGGAGGGGAAAGAAAAUAAUGGCCUACUUGUAUAUCCUGUGGUUUCUGUUCUGAUUGCCUCUGCACAUGGGCUUCCAGCAGGCAGGGUGUCUGCUACCUCUGCAGCAUGGUCAGUCUGGUGAGCAUCUGCUGCCCCCUCUGGCCAGGCUUGCUCCUACAGGGAACCUUGAGGAGCAACAGGAAAGGAUCAUAGACUGGGUGGUGCAGCGGUAGAGUUGCUGCCUUACCGCGCCAGAGACCCGGGUUCGAUCCAGAACACGGGUGCUGCCUGUAUGGAGUGUAUGCAUUCUCCCUGUGACCUGCGUGGGUUUUCUCCGGAUGCUUCGGUUUCCGUCCACACUCCAAAGAGGUACAGGUUUGUAGGUUAAUUAGCAUCAAUAGAAUUGUAAAUUGUCCCUACUUUGUAUAGGAUGGUGUGCGUGUGCGGGCAUCCCUGGUCGGCGCAGAAUCGGUGGGCCGAAGGGCCUGAUUCCGUGCUGUAUCUCUAAACUGAAGUCAACUUGGUUCUCCAACUUUUUCCUCCUUCCUGAACCAUUGAGUGGACAAUCCACAUAAAAUGAAGAUUUAUGCUCAGUGCCAAACCUGGGUGUGCUAACAAAGUGGGAAACAAAGUACUCCAUUUCCUUGCACUGACACCUUCCUGAUGACCAGAAAAGUACAAUAAAAGGGUCGACCCUGUUUAUCUUCCACAGUUUCCCAGUUGUUUGUGGAAUAAAAUUAUGCAUUGUGUGUAAAGGUCCAAAGGAAAGGUUUGACGUGGAAAGACAUGGAGGCAAAUUACGACCAUGAAAAUUUGAAAUGGAAUUAUGUUCUUCAAGAAAAAUAACUCCAGGUCUCCUCCAUAAACAGUUUUAUUUUGUGUAGAAUGAGCUGGCUCUGUGUAGUAAAACAGACACCAUCAGCAGAGCCAGGAUCUGAUAGUUGUGAUCGCUAUACAGCAUGGAACUUGCCUAUGGCCCAACUUGCCUAUGCCAACUAGGAUGCCCCAUUUACACUAGUCCCAUCCACCUGCAUUUGGAGAUAUCCCUCUAAACUUUUCCUAUCCACGUACCUGACCAAAUGUCUUUUAAAAAAGACCAAUGGAGAAGGCAGGCAUCGAUCUCGCUACCUCUUGCAUGCGUUAACCAGCGCUCUGCCAUUUGAGCUAAAUCCCCACCAUAAUCAUCUAUAAUGAAGAUGCCAGCAAACACAUUUCUAAAUUGGAAAAGUGACCACUCCGCAGGAGAGGCAUUUUGUGUCAUUUGCACAUCACUCUGGGGCUGUUUGCCGUUGUUUAUGUUUCCAUUUGUCAACGUUACAAAAUAUCCUUCCAAGCUUAACACUGGCUGCCAAACAAAUACGACAUUAGCUGCAAAUGAAAGCUCCAAUGGAUCACAUUUCUGAUUCUGUUGACAAGAAUCGGGAUUCUCUGUUCCGACUAUGUCAGCCAGCAAGAUUUAUAAGGAGGGAACUAUUCUGUGCAUCAGUCUCCUUGACAUUUUCAGCAGUUGCUAGACUGAUAAAUCACAAGGGAACAUUAGGCAUUGGGAGUUGCAGCAAUCCCGUGAGUUACAUUAAAUGUCUGAGUUCUCAACUACUUUGCAAUUUGAUUCCCAUGAAUUGGCGAUAUAUUCUUCAGGGCUACACCUGAGUCUUUUAGUCUUAUCACCCUGAAUUUCAAAGAUAGGAAUUGUCCCAGUUUUGUGCUCCUUUACUCGUUUAGUGCAUUUCCAACAACGUUCGGGGUUUUACGCAAGAGCAGCUUAUUCACUGGUUAAUGCCAUCCUUUGUUUCAGUGAUGCAAUUGCAUCUUGCUCUGCGCAUUCGCUGGUUAAUGAAGCAAAAUUGACAAUUGCCAGUUUAGUGCAGGUUAUUCCAUUGUGUACUAUGGGAACAAAUUGUUAACCUAAAAUUGGCUUGCAUUAAGAUGACACUUAGGUAGAUUGUCUUUUUUUAAAUGAAGCAGCUGUAGCGGCACCUGGUGGUGCCUUGUGGUGAUCGAACCCUCGGGGUUGGCUGAAGAAAUCUCAUGAGCAUGGGUGUACUAUUGGCAGUUUGUUUUUGCAGUAACUGUCAGUCCAGCACCCACACUUGUGGAAGCAACAUUAUUUUUGGUUGCCUUAUUGGACUUGGGUGACUCAAUGUUUGUGUUCUAAAAUAAAGAACUUUUCGUACACCCUAAAGUCUCGACUCGCCAAACAGGGUUUGUGAUUUGUAUUUGUAGUUUAGAACUGCACUAAGAAUUUGUAUACCAGUAUUGCAAUAAUAUUUUGGUACAUCAGUCCAAAACCAUUUUAUACUGUAGUCACAUACUGUGCAAAUUCUGUACAACUGAAACAUUGGAUUUUGCACGCAAUAAAAAUUGAAUGUUUUAGUUACA